AUGGAAGUCCUGAAACAUCUUGAAGUAUACUCAAAAGUAACGGAAGAUGCCAAUAAGAGCCUGAAAUCGAGUUGCUGGCACCUCACCAAGUCGCGAAAGCGAUACCAAGGAGGAUUCUUGGCAUCUGUGGAUUCAUCAUACUCAGCUGGUGAUUUGAGAGAAGAGUUCUCCGCGUUGUCAGUAUUGGAGACUGCAGAGCCUGCUUUACAAGAAGAAAGUGAUAAUGUCGAAAAUAUAGCGGGUAAUGCGAUUGCAUGGAGACUUGUUGAUGUUGCUGAAGCCAAAGAAAGAGAGGAGGCCAAGACUCAACGAAAAAAUGACACGGGCCUAAGACAACGGAACCAAAAGGAAAACCAAGUACAAGCAAAGCCAUCCAUCCAAAAGGAUGAUUUAAAAAGCAUCGACCCUUUGAGCUUGUUUGGCGGUCUGGCGCCUCAGGACCUUAGGCAGGCACAGAAGAAUGCCAAACAGGCUUUAGCGAAGUACAUUGACGCUGCCAACGAAGUCGCUGCGAUACAACAGUUGAUAGCGACAAAAUUAUAG